UAGUGAACAUGGUGAAGUGGCUUCCUGUUGCAAUGAGACCAAUUCGCUUCGCACAGCGAGAUGUUUGAAAACAGACGAAGUUUUUUUUUUUGCUAGGCUGAAAUAAAGCUUUUUAACGUUUGAUGUCACGUUAGCCUAAACCGGCGUGCAGAAACGGGACUCAAAGAAAGACAGAGACAGACCGAAACCUAAAUACGUAGUGAUAAAUAUUAAAAUGAUGGAGGAAGGGAAUGACCAGCAGUGCCAUUAGGAGGAGCAUUACGGGUUUACCUGCAGGAAGGUGAGAGCACUGUGUGCGGAAUACACCCUUCACCGACUGUUCUCCCUCCCCCAACCAACAACAUGGAUCGUCGCAGUCCACCUGCGCUUUUUAUUCGAGGUUACGCCGUUUUAUUCUAACGCCAUCUAUGUAAGGACUCUAAAACUUUACAGCCUGUCCUUAAAGUCGACCAGGAGUUUCGAUGAAACCAUUAAGCGAACAAUGUAGCGAGCAUCUGAAGAAAAGCGCUGGGGAGAUGCAGAGUGAGGAGACGAAAACGGCACCUGGAAACGGUGUGACUGCUACGAGAGAGAGUCCAGGACAGCAGAACGGGAUCGCGUCUUCUGAUGUCUCCAGCCCUGUGUCCCAGACUCGAGCCGAGCACCAGCCUCCAUCCUCUACACCAGCUCCUUCUGCUCAGCCUCCCAGAGAGCAGUGGGGCGGCAAAUAUGAAUUCCUGCUGUCCUGUAUUGGCUACUGUGUGGGCCUGGGAAAUGUCUGGAGGUUCCCAUACCUCUGCUACCGAAACGGAGGAGGCGUGUUUCUCAUCCCGUACUUCAUCAUGCUCUUCUUCACGGGAAUGCCGCUCUUCCUCAUGGAGCUCAGCCUGGGCCAGUAUGGGGCCGCGGGUCCCAUCACCGUCUGGAAGUGCUGUCCCCUCCUCAAAGGGAUUGGCAUAGGGAUGCUGUGUGUGUCCAUUCUUGUGUGUCUCUAUUAUAACGUCAUUAUCGCUUGGACGUUCUACUACCUGGGCAGUUCUUUCCAGAGCCCUCUUCCUUGGUCAUGUGACGCCCUUCAGAACAUUCCCUUUUGUCGAAACAAAACUAACAUCACCCAAAGUCCCUCUGAGGUAUUCUGGAAUGAAAAGGUUCUGGGUGUAGUGCACAGUGAAGGGCUGCAUGAUCCUGGUCCAGUGCGUUGGCCUCUAGCUCUGUGUUUGCUGGCUGCCUGGGUCGUCAUUUUCCUUUGCAUGCUCAAGGGCAUUCGCAGCUCUGGCAAGGUGGUGUACGUGACCGCCACCUUCCCUUAUUUUGUGCUGGUGGUCCUCAUUAUCAGAGGGGCCACUCUUGAGGGCUCCUUAGACGGCGUCGCCUUCUACCUCACUCCAAACUGGGUCCAUUUGGCCAAUGCACAGGUUUGGAAUGAUGCUGCGUCGCAGAUCUUUUAUUCGUUGGGUAUUGGAGUCGGUGGUCUCCUGUCAAUGGCGUCUUACAAUAAAUUUGACAAUAAUGUCAUCAGAGAUACUAUAAUCAUCACCAUAGGGAACUGUGGGACCAGCUUUUUCGCAGGCUUUGCCAUUUUCUCUAUUUUGGGUCAUAUGGCUUGGAGGAAGGGCGUGCCUGUGGGUCAGGUGGCAGACUCAGGUCCUGGUCUGGCAUUUGUUGCCUACCCAGAAGCCCUGGCUCUUCUCCCUGGAUCAGUGUUUUGGUCCAUUCUGUUUUUUCUCAUGCUUUUUAUGCUGGGAGUGGAUACUCUGUUUGGUAACAUGGAGGGGAUCUGUACAGCUGUUCUGGAUGAGUUUCCUCAGCUCAGAUCCAAUCUGAAGCUCAAGACGCUGUUCCUGGCGCUGCUCUGUUUCGCCUUUUAUCUCAUGGGCCUGCUGCUCAUCACCGAUGGUGGGAUAUACUGGUUCACGCUCAUAGAUUCUUUCAGCACAAGCUUUGGCCUCAUCAUCAUUACUCUCUUCAUGUGUAUUGGCAUCUCAUUCUUUUAUGGGGUGAACCAGUUUUGUCAGGACAUUGUGGACAUGAUCUGUCGCUGUCCUCCCUGGUGCACAAAACUGCUGUUUUACUUCAAAGCCUGCUGGGUGGUUUUCACCCCCUUCCUGCUAACGUUCAUCCUGACCUACAUCUUCAUCGAGAUGUACCGUACGUCUCUGCGCUAUGGCAACUAUGUGUUCCCGACUUGGGGCAAAGCGUUGGGUGUAUGUAUGGGAGCCUUCUGCUGUCUGCAGAUCCUCAUCUGGGCCAUAGUGGCCGUCAGUAAAGAGUCCGGCACUCUUAAAGAUCGUUUCAAGAAAUCCAUCCGUCCCCUUAAUUCCUGGCGCGUUAACAACAUAAACACGACCUCUCAGGAGCAGCACGUGGAGCCUCAGCAAGUGGAGGGACCCUUCACAGUUAACCUGACUGAAGCAGACUUCACUGCCAUGAACUGGGAGGCCAUCAGCGAGGCGUAAACCCUGCCCCAAGUGUUGGGAGGUCAGAACUACACCAUCUUAAAAAGGACAAGCACUGGUGAGGACUGCGCACUCCUCCUCACCAGUCCAGCUGGACUGAAGCGAACAUUUAAAUGAUUGUAUAAAUUACAUUUAAUACAAUCUAUUAUUUUUUUUAUUUAUGCUGCUUUACUCGUUUGACAUAGCACGGGGGCCUAAAGCCAAAGCAAAAGACCAAGAAGCACAAAAGAUUUGGGUUCUUUGGUUGAAUUCAUGAUGUCCCAAGGAUUCCGUUUCAUGCCAUUCAUCAGGCCAUGAUGUCAUGUUCAACAAGUCUAUUCAUCAAAGAGUGUAUAGGCUUAAAAGGGAAAAGACCUAGUCACAUGAUCUGCUUUUCAUUCACAAGAGCCAGGUCAAUGCCUUUAGGAGACAUUUUUUAACAAAACAGAACUUAUUCGAAAUGGUAACCAUUCAUGUGAAUAAAAUAAAAUGUAGUAAAAUAGCUAUUUUAAAGUCUCUUUAGAAUGUUCAGAUAUGCCGCAUAGAAACGUAACCUUUUUAAAAUGCAAAUAAAAUGGCAAUGAUUCCAUGAA